GAAGAUGACUAUCAUAAGAUAAACCGUGAUUCCCAUGGAAUUGUCUGGGCUUAAUUGGUGAUGUUAAAACAAUAACCUUUUUAGAAAAGUAUUUGAUAUCAUCCUUUACACAUAACCUGAUCUGUAAUUCAACAAUGAAGGGAAUGUUGAGCAUCUUAAUUUUUACCAUGUUGUUGAAAUCAACGAAUGGACAAUUGUUAUACGAUAUUUUGGGGGAAGAGCAAAAAUGUGUGAACGUGGCAACACACAUUAUAAAAAACGAACUACAACAAUUUACCAAAAGUAUUGAAAGAAUGGUGAAGCAAAAUAUGGAAGGAAUAAAAAAUCUCGACGCAAGUGUCAGGAAUAUGAAAACAGAUUUCCAGAUAUCGUUGGUGCUCCAAAAAGAAGCUGUUGACAAUUCUACAAACAUAAUCGGAGAUAAAUUAACCUGCAGUGGUAAAUUAACCCCCAUAUUAGGCACCGAUUGUGCUGACAUUUUAAAGAGAUACCCAGAUACAAGAGGGAAGGACGGGGUGUACGAUAUUGUUGGUUUAAACAGAAUAAUGGCCGUGUACUGCGAUAUGACCACUGACAACGGAGGAUGGACGGUGAUUCAGCGGAGAGUGAAUGGAUCGGUGAACUUUAACAAUAACUGGACGGAAUACAAGAACGGGUUUGGAUUUGCUGAUCAUGAGUAUUGGAUAGGUACUAUUCUCAUUUUAUAUUCACUAAUUAUACUAAUAAAUUAA